CCGGCACCUGCAGGAGAGACGGUGGGCGUCCGGGCCCCCCGAGCCCUGCCCCCUCCCGGGGUCCAGUCCUUCCCCGGGCUCUGCGUCCCCACAGAGGCCUGGUCGCGACUCCUGGCUCUGCCACAGGCGCCCGACCCUGGGUACCUCCUGCGCCGCGGCGGGAAGCGACUGCUCGGGGUUGCGAGGUCCCACGCCGCCGGCCCCGCCCAGGGCCCCCUUCAGGACGCGGUACUCUCGGUAGAGCGCUGCGGGGUGCGGUCAAGGGUCACCAGGUGCCGCCGGCUCCCUCCCCGCCCGCACCCUCCCGGCCGCGCUCCCUCCCGCCGCGCUGUCCCUGCGCUCACCGCGGGUCUCCUCCGGCGCCGCCUCCACGUCCUCCUGCGGAAGGAGCGCGUCAGGCCGCAGCCGCACCCUCCGCCCCCCGCCCCCCGCCCCCGGGCAGCCCGCACCUGGCCCGGCCGCCGCCCGCACCGCCUCCGGAACGCGCGCUCCCAGUCCCGCAGCCGCUCCCGCACGUCCCGCAGCCGCUCCAUGGCGCCGGCCGGGCGGCCCCGGGCCCCGCGAAUCUCCCGCCUCGAGGGCGACGCCGGCCGCCGGCCAAUGGGGGCGCCCGGUAGGGUCGGAGGCGGGGCGGCUCCGCAGCCGCCGCCGGGACAGCCAAUCAGGGGGCCCUGGUGGGGCGGCCAAUGGGUGGCGAUUACGUCAUCGCGGCGCGCGGAGGCGCUGGGCGGGGCGCCGCGGACGGCGAGGCGGGGCGGAUGGCGGUGGCAGCGGCAGCGGCCGUGGGGCCGGUGCUGGUCGCUCGGUCCUGUCACAGCGAGGUAUGAGUCGUCCUCGCGACGUUUGUCUCCAGGCAGCGCAAGGCCGGGGGUUGGCGUUCCGGGCGCCUCCAGAACCAGUGCCCUGAGGACUCGCGUUGUGCAUGAGGUUGGGAAGCGCGGGGCCUCUGGAGCCAGACUGCUCCCCCUGCCCCGGGCUCAUCGCCCAGGCUGUGACCUUGGGCUGGCAAGGUGUAGAGCUUGGUUUUCUAAUCUGUUCCCAGGGGUAGGACCGGGAAGCGGUUUUGAGGAUGAGGUGCUUGGCGCGCAGUGGCUUCCUGCCUGGCCCAGCGCGAUGCACACACUUGUGUUCCUGAGCACACGGCAGGUGCUCCAGUGCCAGCCAGCUGCCUGCCAGGCCCUGCCCCUGCUGCCUCGAGAGCUCUUCCCCCUGCUGUUCAAGGUGGCCUUCAUGGACAAGAAGACUGUUGUGCUUCGCGAGCUGGUGCACACAUGGCCCUUCCCGCUGCUCAGCUUCCAGCAGCUGUUGCAGGAAUGUGCCCACUGCAGCCGGGCCUUGCUGCAGGAACGCCCCAGCACAGAGAGCAUGCAGGCUGUGAUCCUGGGGCUGACGGCCCGGCUCCACACCCCAGAGACGGAGGCUGGUACACAGCCUCUCUGCAGGAAGCAUGCCCUGCGAGUGCUGGACAUGACGGGCCUCCUGGACGACGGUGUGGAGCAGGACCCUGGUACCAUGAGCAUGUGGGACUGCACAGCAGCGGUGGCCCGCACCUGCAUCGCGCAGCAGCAGGGCGGGACUGUGGAGCCUGGGCAGGCCCCCCUUCCUGUGGAGGUUCGUGUGGACCUGCGGGUGAACAGGGCCUCAUAUGCAUUCCUGCGGGAGGCGCUCCGAAGCAGUGUAGGCAGUCCCCUGCGGCUCUGCUGCCGGGACCUGCGGGCUGAGGACCUGCCCAUGCGCAACACCGUGGCUUUGCUGCAGCUGCUGGACGCGGGCUGCCUGCGCCGUGUGGACCUGCGCUUUAACAACUUGGGUCUCCGUGGCCUGUCUGUCAUCAUCCCCCACGUGGCCCGCUUCCAGCACCUGGCCAGCCUGCGUCUGCACUAUGUGCACGGGGACUCCAGGCAGCCCUCUGUGGACGGCGAGGACAACUUCCGUUACUUCUUGGCCCAGAUGGGCCGCUUCACUUGUCUGCGGGAGCUCAGCAUGGGCUCCUCUCUCCUCUCGGGACGGCUGGACCAGCUGCUCAGCACCCUGCAGAGCCCCCUGGAGAGCCUGGAGCUGGCCUUCUGUGCUUUGCUGCCUGAGGAUCUGCGCUUUCUGGCACAGAGCCCACAUGCCGUCCAUCUCAAGAAGCUGGACCUUAGUGGCAAUGACCUGUCCGGCAACCAACUCGAGCCUUUUCAGGGCUUACUGCAGGCGGCCGCGGCCACGCUGCUGCACCUGGAGCUGACCGAGUGCCAGCUUGCGGACACCCAGCUGCUGUCCACGCUCCCUGUGCUGACGCGCUGCGCCAGCCUCCGCUACCUCGGCCUCUACGGCAACCCGCUGUCCAUGGCGGGCCUCAAGGAGCUCCUCCGGGAUUCAGUGGUGCAGGCUGAGUUACGCACGGUGGUGCACCCCUUCCCUGUGGACUGCUACGAAGGCCUGCCCUGGCCGCCGCCGGCUUCUGUCCUGCUGGAGGCUUCCAUCAACGAGGAGAAGUUUGCUCGCGUCGAGGCCGAGUUGCACCAGCUGCUACUAGCCUCAGGCCGUGCGCAUGUGCUUUGGACCACAGACAUUUAUGGGCGCCUGGCAGCAGACUACUUCAGCCUAUGACCUCCAGGCCGCGCUGGGGUUCAGGGCUGCUGCAGACCCCUCCUUGCCUUAGGUAGACGGACCCUUUCCUGGCACCCUGCUGGAGGCCUGACACGAGGCCCUGGUCUCAGGUUUCCUUGCUCCUGGGCGCUGUGGGCCUUCUUUUGCUUUGGGCAGUGCCGUUUGGUUUGCCUUGAGCCCAUGCCCCUGACUGGCUGACUGUGGGCUUCAGGGCUGGAUUCCAGGCCUGCACGGCCAGAUUCGGUUUGGGUGCACUUGGCUGCCCUUGGUGUUCUGGUCCUUUCGGAGGGUGUUCUCUCUAGGCCCUUCCCAAGAGCGGACUGCCCUGGGGCUGAAGCUGGAACAUGGACCUGCUUCAAGGAGCGCUGGGUCUCCCUGCCCUGGCACCCAGGAGACCUCCUGGCAGGGCUUUGGAGCCAGAAGGUGUCGUUAAGGUACAACGUGCAGUGUGUUUGGAACUCGAA